AGCUCACACCUGCAGUCUUCCAGGAGAAAAACAAAAACCACCAUCUUAUCCUUCAUUUCUCCAGCUUUAUCUCUUCCUUUCAUUGUGUCUAUUUCCUUUGGCUGUUCAGUCAUUGCAAAAGUUUUCUUUCUGGUGUUUUCUUGAUCGUUCUUGAUAUCCUCUUUCGUUAGCAUCUGAUUUCUGGAUAAAGAGUUGCGUCGUUGAAGAAAAGUGUUUGUUUGCUAUUGCAACCGUUGUCUCUCUUAUUAAUACACGCCAAUUUGGUCUCGAUAUUGUCCUCACCGUCUCCUUGUUUGUGGAGGCUUUCUUGGAUAUCAAACAUACCAGCUUGGACAAAAAACAGACUUGCAAGAACGACUCCCUUAUCUUGUCAAAAUGAACGCGCCUGAUCGCUAUGAAUCUUUCGUCCUUGCCAAUGGUGAGAGCAAAGUUGAAGUGGAAGUCGACACCCGUAUCCCUUCCUCUGCUAUCUUUACCUUUAACAAAGAAGACCACACGCUUGGCAACCUGAUCCGCUCUCGUCUCCUCCACAGCUCUCACGUCCUUUUUGCGGGAUACAAGGUGCCCCACCCUCUGGUCCCCAAGUUUGAACUCCGUGUUCAAACCGACGGAGAGGUCACACCUAAGGACGCUGUCAUUAGUGCCUGCCACGACCUGGUCAAGGACCUGGGUAUUCUCUCCCGUGAAUUUACCAAGGAGUAUGAGCUGCGCAAGAUGGUAGGAGCUUCUCAGCAGAAUGGCACCAUGGAUGGAUAGAUGGCAGCUGCCUUAUCGACGGACGUGAGCUGGUGCGUGCCUGCUGAAUGUUUCUUCAUUUCGAAUCUGCGCAGCUGGCUAUGCGACUUUGUUACUAUGCUCAUACCCCCCUUUUCAUUUUGUUUCAUCUUUUACGAGGUCUACGUCUUUAAUUUUCCAAUCUUCCAAUCUCAGUCUCCUGUGCAAAGUGGCUUUGACACAGAGCAACGGUGAUGAUACAGAUGGUUCUCUUGCAUGUAUGCAGCUACGUGACCUGCCACAUCUGGCUUUAA